AUGGCCUUCCUGCUCACGUGUCGAAUCCCGAAGUACAAUUCUCACCUCACGCCCUUAUCGGUGUCCGUCGUGAGUCGCCCGUGUGAGAAGUACGUUAAGAACUUGCUGAAGGUAUUUGGGUCUAUGGAACGCGACACUAAAACCGCUUUGGUUAACUCAGGCAAGAAUGAAAAUAGCUCACCUGUGUGGAACGCGGCCGUGUGCGGACCGGCGCUCUCCUACUUCCACGAAGACGUUUCCAUCCAGCUGGUUGAGUGGCUGGAGCUCCUGAGGGCUUUGGGCUUCGCCAGGGUGUUCCUGUACGAGACGGACGUCCACCCCAACAUCGAGAAAGUCCUGCGCUACUACGAGGCCGAGGGAUUCGUUGGUGUCACUAAAUUCGCAUACCAUAUCAACGAUCCCAUCCUGCGCAAACUGUGGGCGUUCAUGGAACCUACGCAUGUUCUGAGCAUGGAGAACCUGCUCUUCACCGACUGCGUCCUCCGCCACAUGCACGAGUACCGCUUCCUCGCCCGCCUCAACCUCGACGAAAUGCCCAUGUUGCCCAACCACGACUCCUUCCCGCUUUGGCUCAACGACCAAUUACUUCAGAAUUCGAUUCGAAAUGGGUCGGCCGAGAACCUCCCGCCGUCGUAUGAUCUGCGCUGGUAUUAUCACCACGACGACCUAGGGACGCCGGCCUCCAGCGCUUCUCUUCCUGAGUAUCUGAAGUUUCUGCGUCAGUCCAAGAGGACAGUGAUGGACAUUUACCCAACAAACUACAACCCGACGUAUGACAUGAAUCUCGUCACCGGUGUCUUCUCCAACGAUGUUGCUGUUUGUGCAAGCGGAAAGUGCCGAAGCGAGUCCUACCAGUGCCCGAGAGACGUGGCUUACAUUGGCCUCUACACCAAGACCUGCGGAGAAGCCUGUAGGAAGUCCGGUUCAACGGUGGAGGUCACAGCUCUCCGGAAGUACAAAGACCAAGUCUCCAGUGCCGUUGCCAAAGUCCUGCAGGAACUGCAUCUCGUCGUCUAA